CAUCGGGCAGGACUCCGGGCAGAGGCACAUCGGGCUACCGGGCGGAGCGGCAGGCACCGGGGCCCCGGGCGGAGCGGCAGGCACCGGGCCCCGUGGCGGAAGCGGCAGGCACCGGGCCCCCGGCGCGGGGCGACAGGCAUCGGGCCCUCAGGCGGAGCGGCGGGCGCCGGACCUCCAGAUGGAGCGACAGGUCUCGGGCCCCCAGACGAAGCGGCGGGCACCGAGUCACCAGGCACGACGAGUGGGCACCGAGUCGUCUGGCAAGACUGCGGGCACCGAGUCGUCUGGCAAGACUGCGGGCACCGAGUCGUCUGGCAAGACUGCGGGCACCGAGUCGUCUGGCAAGACUGCGGGCACCGAGUCGUCUGGCAAGACUGCGGGCACCGAGUCGUCUGGCAAGACUGCGGGCACCGAGUCGUCUGGCAAGACUGCGGGCACCGAGUCAACUGGCGGAACAGCGGGCAUCGAGUCAACUGGCGGAACAGCGGGCAU